AUGGAAUCUUUCUCUGCGUUUUCUUUUCCACUAUAAAAGUACAUAUUGCGAACAAUUUUUCUCCCAAUCAAACCCUAGACGCAGCCUUCGUGCGAACUACAAUUAAUCCAAGAAGACUCUUCUUCUUCGUCUUCGUCUUCGUCUUGGGUUUGAGAUUCAGUUUUCGCAGGGACGACUAUACGAACCGAUCCAUGGGAUCCGAACCAAGCAGCGAAUCGGGAUCAGGGCAUCCGUCUCAUCGACAGGUGGUAAUACGAUCGGUAUGGGCCGAGAACUUAGACUAUGAGUUCGAGUUGAUCAAAUCCGUGAUAGAUUCGUACCCGCUCAUCUCGAUGGACACGGAGUUCCCCGGCGUGGUGAUCCGGACGAACGCCGACGACUCGGGAGUCAGGAAACGGCAGCCUGACCGGCAUUACCAGGUCCUCAAGGCCAACGUGGACCGCCUGAGCCUGAUCCAGAUCGGGCUCACGCUCUCGGACGAAGAGGGGAACCUACCGGAUCUUGGUACCAAAAACCUGUACAUAUGGGAAUUCAACUUCCGGGACUUUGACGUGGCGCGUGACGCCCACGCCCACGACUCUGUGGAGCUGCUGAGGCGUCAAGGAAUCGACUUCGAGAAGAACCGGGAGCGCGGGAUCGACUCGCUCCGGUUCUCCGAGAUGAUGAUGUCAUCGGGGCUCAUUUGCAACGACUCCGUGUCGUGGGUCACGUUCCACAGCGCGUACGAUUUCGGCUACCUGGUGAAGAUGCUGACUCAGCGGGUCUUGCCGGACGAUUUGUGCGAGUUUCUGGAAUUUGUGAGGGUGUUCUUCGGGUCUAGGGUUUUCGACGUGAAGCACCUGAUGCGGUUCUGCGCAAGCCUCUAUGGUGGGCUGGACCGGGUCUCCCAGGCGCUAAGUGUGGUCCGGGUCGUCGGAAAGAGCCACCAGGCCGGGUCGGAUAGCCUGCUGACACUGCACGCGUUCCAGAAGAUCAGUGAAGAGUACUUCGGCAAGGAGAAUCAAAUUGAAAAGUACGCUGGCGUUUUGUAUGGAUUAGAUGUUUCUGAUAACUGAUGGAAUCUAUUGCUUGUAGAUUUCUAAUUGCAAAUAAAUAGUAAAAUCUGUGCACAUUUCUCUCAA